AAUCGAUUAGCUAUUCUCUUUCUCUUUCUCCGUCACACACAAAACCAGUUAAAGAAAUAAUAGAAGCAAUGCAGAAGAAAACAAAAUGAUGUCCAUUGCUUCUCUCUCUCUCUCUCUCUCUCUCUCAACCCAUACACUCACUCCCACAUUAAGUAAUGGGCACUACUCCAUAGAAAAAGAGCAUGUUCAGAUGUAAUCUUUAGGAAGAAAAAAAACUAUACUAGCCCAUAUCUGAUAUCUCCUCCCCCUCUCUCUGUGUCUCUCUCUUCCUCUUUCUCUCUCUUUCUCUCUCACACACACAAAAAACUAAGAAGAGAAGAAAACAUGGAAGGAGAGAGAAAGAAAAGGAAGAUAGAAAGUGAAGAAGAGGAUGAAGAGGAAAAGAUUGAGAAAUUCUUUGCUCUGAUUAGAAGUACAAGGGAGGUGCGUGAACUUUUGAGGGGCAACUCAAGCAAUCAUGAGUCAAAGGAUAAAAAAGAUGAGAAGAAGAUGCAAGAAGAAGACAAGGCUGCUGAUGCUGGGGCUUGGAAACCAGCAUUUCAACCAGAAGACUUCCUUGAGGAUGACAAGAGCUCUGAUCAUCAUGGAGAAGCAGGUCCCUCUAAAACAGAAGAAGAUGAUAAGAAAGAAGACAAAGGAGGUAAUGGUUUAGACCUAAGGCUUUCUUUGUAGCUUGGGAGGCGCGCAGGUCAAAUGAUCUGACAGUGCACCUUCCUCCACGUGGAAUUCAUCAGGUUGACUAUGUAUGUAUCUUAUAUAUUGUAAUGCAUGCAUUAAGAAAUUAAGCAGCGUUAAUUAAGCUUUUGUAAAUUACUAAUUAAGUUGUUUCUAUGUGCUUU